ACAGGCCGUCCGGGCGCUCACCACCGCUGCACGUCUCGUGCAGUCCUCCAACGUGCCGCUCCAGUACCUCCGAGAAAGAGCCAAACAAAUAAGAACCAUAGCGUUCACGUCGGUCAUAGUAGCGCAUCUGUCACCUCCCAACUAGGACGUCACGCACCCAAUCGAGUUCGACACUACAGUAUAAAUGCCAUCGCCUGGGACGAAGCAGAGGAAGAUUGCCAUAGUUGGCAGCCGCUCAGUCGGCAAAUCCUCCCUUGCAGUGCGCUAUGUCGACGGACACUUUGUCGAGAGUUACUACCCGACCAUUGAGAACACAUUCAGCAAGGAGAUCCGAUACAAGGGGCAGGACUACUCGACCGAGAUAGUGGACACGGCCGGGCAGGACGAGUACAGCAUCCUCAACUCGAAGCACUUUAUCGGCAUCCACGGCUACAUGCUCGUCUACAGCGUGCAGUCGCUGCCCUCGUUCGAGAUGGUCCAGGUGAUACGGGACAAGAUUCUGAACCAUCUGGGUACCGAUUCAGUCCCCAUCUGCCUAGUAGGCAACAAGUGCGAUCUGCGCCCGGAGCAACGGCAGGUCACGCCAGAAGAAGGCAAGGCUCUUUCAGAGAAAUUCAAGUGCGCAUGGACCGAGGCCAGCGCGCGGUAUGGCGAGAACGUCGCCAAGGCCUUCGAGCUGCUGAUCGGGCAGAUCGAGAAGUCGCAGAAUCCGGCCGAGGCGUCCGAAGGGGGAAAGUGCUCAGUCAUGUAAAAAGGAGAAGGGAAGGAAAGGAGUUUGUGUUUGUUCAUGAUUAUGAGGUAACGCCCACACGGACCUCCAAGCCGAUUGAACCAUACCGGACCGAAUCGACCGCGAGCCGAUUCGAACC